AUGGAACUCCCAUCCCUUCGAGAACUGGAGCUCGAAUCUCAUUUAAGGGAAAGGGACACGCGCCUCGCUGAACUCACCGACGAGGUGACGCGGCUACGCCAGUACCUUUCAACGCAGCCGGGUCCAUCCACGGCGGACCUGGUCACCCUUCCACCGGCGUUGAUUUCCAUUUUGUUGCCUCAUUUUAAAAGCUCAGCGGCAAGCGCGACAUCUAGCCAUUCAACGGUGACAGCCGCCCUCACACAGAGAUCCCGACUUUUACAAGAGGAGAAUGAUGAAUUUUAUGAACUUCUGAAACGCGGAGAGACAGGCAGGUUGAAAGAGGAAGUUCGCGGGUUGCGAAAGGUCGUGGAAAAGCUCGAGGGUGCAUUACGAGAGUCUCACCAAGUCAUAAAUUCGCUUUCCACAGAACUGGAUAAGUCUUACGACACAUUAAUGAACUCCUCUCGUCAAGUUAACAGUGUCAACAAUUCAAAGUCACAUGCGCGUUCCCCGAGGAAUGCCUAUAACUCGCUGCCUCAAGUCGGAAACGGCAACGGCGCAGGGAAGUUACCGCCUACAGGCCCCCGCGCUUACAAGAAACCUCGAUUGUCUGAACCCCAAGCAUCCCCACCUUCGCGUCCGAAUAAUACCCUUCCAUCUCACAAAAGUCAAAUUCAUUCAAAUGCUUCUACGCGCAGUGGUGAUAGGCGUGACUAUUUAUCACGGCCUAACAAUGAACAACUAAAGUCUAGCCGUUCCAAAAUUGAUGUGGACGAGGACGACAGGGAAAGUCCUGCGUUGCCAACUGAACGUGUCCGUGACCACGACCGGGAAAGGAUUCGGGAACGUAGCAGGAAGGACCGAGAGAGAACGAGGGACCGGGAGCGAGACCGGGAUGGAAAUAGGACGACUGCUUCUCGUCGAAACGGAAGCCAUACAAGUAGUUCUGUGCGAGGUGGACCUGUGGGAGGAGGGGGUGGGUCUUCGCGGACAAUAAAUGAUCGGAGCACGGUGGCGUCUACUAAUCUCAUCCAUGGGGGUGAUCGGACACUGGCAGAGAGGAUGGGACUUUGA